UGGACGGCGAGAGCUACUAUGACCGGAAGCAGUGGUACUCGGUCAUCUUGCAAGGGGUUUGUGAUGCCCAGAAGAGGUUCCUCAGUGUCUACGCUGGGUGGCCAGGAUGGUUCUAAAAUGUUCAUUUUGCUUUCAGGAUGCAUCCAUGACAUGAGGGUUUUUCGUAAUUCAACCCUCAGAAACACGAUUGUAGCAAGGGAGCUGCUGACGUUGCCCGCAGUGUUAGCAUAUGAUGAUAGGAUCAAGCCAUACCUAGUGGGGGACAAAGGGUACCAACUCCAGCAGCAUCUGAUGAUUCCACACACAACUCUGAACCCGACACCAUCCAAGGCAGCUUUCAACCUUCAUCACCACCUUGCUUGGAUUGUUAUUGAGCAAGCAUUUGGACUUCUUAAAAUGAAGUUCAGAUGCUUGGAUCAAAAACAAAGGAUCCAGCCAAAGUACCUUCCCAACAUCAUCAAGAGUUGUUGCAUCUUGCACAAUUUCUUGAUUGAUGUUGGGGAGACUGAUCUUCGGGUGGAGAUCCAAGCUUGGAGGAAAGAGGUGAAAAGGCUCAAGGACCAGGACCUCUUUGUCGAUUACGGUGAUCCCGAGCAAGCGGAAGGGGAGCCUCGUGAGGAGUUGCACAGUCCAGAGGAUGCAAAAGAGGUUAGAGAGAACCUCACGUUUUCCCUCUGUCUUUGCCAGUGGCGUUCGUGUUUGCUUUGAAAUUUGCCGGGAUAUAAUUCUAAACAUUUGAAUUUGAAUUUGAAAUUUCAAAAUUUGAAUUAA